AUGGAUUACGCUAUAGGACCUUUGGACGAUCCAUGGGUACUACGAAGGUCUCGGACGCAAACAUUGUCUUGGCGACCUCCUCUUUACACAUACUCCAAUGUACUGGAAGGAGAUCAUUGGCAUGCCGAGCCGAACAGCCAUCCACCCAGGAGGGUGAAAAGAGGCGACAUACCAAGUUUCGACAGUACGUCAUACGAUAGGAGUGCUUUGGGAAUUCUUGGCUUCGACGUAGAUGAUGGCCAACACAGCAUAGUAGAAGACGUUGACUACACAAAGUACCACGAACGGCCAGGCGACUGGAAAGAACUUUGUCAUCUCAUGUGCGUCAUCUUGGUACCUCUAACAUUACCGGCCGUUGAAAAUCUGAACUAUUACGUUUCCUAUAAGCCCGGCCGCGCCUCAUGGAAUCAUUAUUGGUCUCCAACCGGAGCCAAGCGCGACUCGGAAGCACUGCUUGAAUAUUUCAUGACAAUGAACCAUAUUCAAGAACCUUCUCAGCUUCUGCCUCUCGACGCUAGAGCAGCACUGUUCUAUAACCUACCAGGGCUAAUGGUGCAUUCGGCAGACUACCAGGAGCGAUACACUGAGUAUGCGCAGAGAGCCAGUCCGCGGUCUCCCAAGUUACCCUCAGCUUUCUACUCUUGGGAUAGAGAGCAAAACACAUUACCAGGAUUGUACUUUAGCAUCUUCUAUCUAAAGAAAGCCGGAAAGAGAGACGGCAGCAGGCUCUGGGGUACAGACAGCAAGCAUCUGCAAUACUCGAGACAACAUCUGAUGAUACAACUUGUGGAACAAGCCGUCUUCAACCUGUGGGACCCGUCUGAAAUUGUGACAAUCAAAAUCAGCCAUGUCGAAUUUUACCUUGAGCAAAAUAUCAGAACUCUUGGAAUGGUCCGAACAUGGGUUCUGAGGAACUACAAGGCAGUAGGGAAGGAAGAGGAGCCCCUUUCCGCGGAGUAUGUGCAAGUGAUCGACAUGUUUGACAGCAAGAUACCUGAAAUGAUAAGCAAACUAGAGCUCCUCCUCGGCUCAGCAAUUGCAUCACUCAAGGAAGCUGGCGACGCAUCUGCUGAAAGACUGCUACGACUGAGCACGAAUCAACUCCAACUUGGCUUUGUUUCGCAAAACACCAUCUCGAGUGCAACCACUCUAGUUCUCAUCUUCAUUCCGUUGAUAUUCGUUUCGUACUAA